AUGGAAAUAUUUCAAAAUAGAAUAGUGCAUUUGGAUUCGAAUUCUACAUUUGCUGAAUUUUGUAAUGAUACUCGACUUAAUGGUUCAGACUUUUCAAAAGGUCAAUAUUGUCGAAAUAAUUUUAAUGAUUAUUUGUCAUCGUUGAUUCUUCUUUUCGAAUUAACUGUAGUUAAUCAAUGGCAUGUAUUGGCUUCUGGCUUUGUUAUUGUAACCAGUAAAGUGGCACGUCUUUUUUUUCUUGCCUUUCAUCUAUGUGCUGUUAUUGUGGUCCUCAAUAUCUUUACUGCAUUUGUUAUUGAUUCUUUUCUUAAUCAAUAUACAUUAUCAAAGAGUAAGGAGUUUCCAUGGAUGCAACAAGAAAAUCUAAUUGCUGAGAGACUUACUCGACAAGGUUAUCGAAUAAUUCGAAGAUAUGAUAACAUCAAGCAAUCGGAAGAAGUAACAAAGAAAAAAUUUAAUUUAUUAGAAAAACUUCGAGCAUUUGUACAACCAUCUGUUUAUCGUCGUAUGACAGUCAUUCUUCAAACUAUGGCUGAUGAGGAACGUGCUUUACUUCUUCAUUGGCGUGGCAAUGUAGAUAUUGAUCCUAUUGCUUUGCUAAAUUUGACCAAUGAUUCAUCUUAA